GGACCCCACGUAGCUUCCGAGCGAGGAACUUUCUGCCACAAGCUGUCGCAGGAAAUCAGCGUCACAUUCUGAUGGCGCGUUCUUGCAAGGUGGCCGUAAUAGGCGCGGGCGUGUCCGGACUCGUCGCUGCUCGCGAGCUCGUCAGAGAAGGCCACCGAGUCGUCGUCUUCGAGAAGAGCGACCGAAUCGGCGGCACGUGGGUCUACGACCCAAGGGUAGAGUCGGACCCGCUCGGGCUCGACCCGAGUCGGGAAAUCGUGCACGGCAGCCUCUACCUCUCGCUCCGCACAAACCUCCCUCGACAGGUCAUGAGCUUCUUGGAUUUCCCUUUCACUGCCACACGGAACGGAGAUUCCAGAACUUUCCCACGCCACGAAGAGGUCCUGGCUUACAUCGAGGACUUCGCGACUGAGUUCGGGCUUCUUGAGCUGAUCCGGUUCGACGCAGAGGUCGUCCGAGUCAGCUCCGUUGAAAUGAGGAAAGACGAGUGGGUCGUGGAGUGGCAGACUCCAGGAUCGGACUCGAUACCGGAGUCGGAGAUUUUCGAGGCUGUCGUUGUCUGUACGGGACAUCACACAGAUCCGCGGGUCGCUGAGAUUCCAGGCAUUGAAAAGUGGCCUGGAAAGCAGAUACACAGCCACAAUUAUCGGAUUCCGGACCCAUUCGUGGACCAGAUUGUAGUUUUAAUUGGAAAAGGACCUAGUGCCCUGGACAUCUCUCGAGAUAUUUCAAAGUUAGCCAAAGAAGUCCAUCUAACAUCAAGAUCCAUAGAUGCUGAAGUUGCAAAGUUGGAGGACCAUGAUAAUAUUUGGCAGCAUUCGAUGAUAAAGUCUGUUCAUGAAGACGGUUCAGUGCUAUUUCAUGAUGGAUCAUCAGUUUUUGCAGAUGUCAUCUUCCAUUGUACAGGGUACAACUACCAUUUCCCCUUUCUGGAAACAAAUGGAAUUGUAAGCAUUGACGACAACCGUGUUGGACCUCUAUAUAAGCAUGUUUUCCCACCACGGUUGGCUCCUUGGCUCUCUUUUGUGGGAAUACCUAACAAGGUUAUCCCAUUCCUUUCAUUUGAGUUACAGUCCAAGUGGGUGGCCCAUGUUUUAUCCGGCAAGGUGGUGCUACCAACAGAAGAGGAGAUGCUUGCAUCUGUUGAAGAAUUGUAUGUGAGAAUGGAAGCGGCAGGGAGGCCAAAACACUAUACACAUAUUCUUUAUCCGUUUGAGUCUGAGUACAAGAACUGGCUCAUUGAUCGGUUAGGCCUCCCACCUCCAGAUGAGUCAAUAGAGCAGAUGUAUGUUGCUACUAUCAGCAGUCUUGCCUCUCAUUCCGAUGGAUUUCGUGACAAGUGGGAUGAUGGCUAUUGGACUCAACAAUCACAUUCUGCGCCCAUAAGGCUUCAUAGGUGGUCGUUUGGUGGUAUCCAAACAGGCCCUUAAACUGAUAAUCAGCUGCCCAUCUGCAGAGAAUGAAGUUGGUCAUUGGCAAAGAUCGUCAUGUAUUUUUGUAGCCGGAAAACUGAGGUGGCUUGCUGGCACACAUCCUGCGGUUGGUGGUGCUAGUUCUUAAGAGGUUAGCUAAAAUAAUCAGCAGACCCUGUGCAGAUUUCAUUAAAAAAACAAAGUCAAAUAUACUUCUGUUUGUCCAAGAUAUCAUUGUAUUUUUAUUUCCUCAUGUAGUAGUCAUGAAUAAAAUAUGAAACAAGGGAGAUGCAAAAAACACCUUGAUCAUUUGGAAUGUUACACAAGACUCACAGAUCAAUGACCCAGUGGGAAUUCUUCUUA